CUCCUGUGCUCUGCCAGUGUCCGGCCGCAGGCCGGCCUUAGUGACUGGGGGCGGCGGGCCCGGGGCGGCGGGCGCGGGGCGGGCGGCGGGCGCGGGCUGUCUUCGUCGGGCCCCGAGCUCGCCUGGAGCGAGCAGCCGCCCGCGAGCCGCCGCGGAGCCUCCUCGCCCGCUCCCGCCGGCGAGCAAGAUGAUGUGCGAGGUGAUGCCGACCAUCAGUGAAGCAGAAGGCCCCCCAGGAGGAAGUGGGAGCCAUGGGUCCAGCUCCCCUUCACAGCCAGAUGCAGAUUCACAUUUUGAACAGUUGAUGGUCUCCAUGCUGGAAGAGAGGGACCGUCUCCUUGACACUCUGAGAGAGACCCAAGAAACGCUGGCAUUAACCCAGGGGAAGUUACACGAGGUUGGUCACGAAAGAGAUUCCUUGCAGAGGCAGCUCAAUACUGCGCUUCCACAGGAGUUUGCAGCACUUACUAAAGAACUAAAUGUAUGCAGGGAACAGCUCCUCGAAAGAGAAGAAGAAAUUGCUGAACUGAAAGCGGAAAGGAACAACACCAGGCUGCUGCUGGAACAUCUGGAGUGUCUGGUCUCGCGGCACGAGCGGUCCCUCAGGAUGACGGUGGUGAAGCGGCAGGCGCAGUCCCCGGCAGGCGUGUCCAGCGAGGUGGAAGUGCUUAAAGCGCUGAAGUCGUUAUUCGAGCACCACAAAGCCCUGGAUGAGAAGGUGAGAGAACGGUUACGAGUAGCACUUGAAAGGUGUAGUUUGUUAGAAGAAGAAUUAGGUGCCACACAUAAAGAGCUAAUGAUUCUUAAAGAACAGAAUAACCAGAAAAAGACACUAACGGACGGGGUGCUUGACAUAAACCAUGAGCAAGAGAACACGCCGAGCACGAACGGAAAGAGAUCUUCUGAUGGUUCUCUGAGCCACGAGGAAGACCUGGCUAAAGUGAUUGAGCUCCAGGAAGUCAUAGACAAGCAGUCAAGGGAGCAGAGCCAGAUGAAGGAGCGCCUGGCCGCCCUGUCCAGUCACGUGACAGAGCUGGAGGAAGAUCUGGACACGGCCAGGAAAGACCUCAUCAAAUCUGAGGAAGUGAACACAAAGUUGCAACGGGAUGUCCGUGAAGCCAUGGCCCAGAAGGAAGACAUGGAAGAGAGGGUCACGACUCUGGAGAAACGCUACCUCGCGGCACAGCGUGAAGCCACCUCCGUGCACGACCUCAACGAUAAACUGGAAAAUGAAAUUGCAAAUAAGGAGUCUGUGCAUCGACAGACUGAGGAUAAAAACCGCCAGUUGCAAGAGCGCCUGGAGCUGGCGGAGCAGAAGCUGCAGCAGACCCUGCGGAGAGCGGAGACCCUCCCCGAGGUGGAGGCGGAGCUGGCCCAGCGGGUGGCCGCGCUCUCCAAGGCCGAAGAGAGACACGGCAACAUCGAGGAGAGGCUGCGCCAGAUGGAGGCACAGUUGGAGGAGAAGCACCAGGAGCUGCAGCGGGCAAGGCAGAGAGAAAAAAUGAACGAAGAACACAAUAAACGUUUAUCAGACACUGUUGACAAGCUUCUUUCAGAAUCUAACGAGAGGCUUCAGCUUCAUCUUAAAGAGAGAAUGGCAGCUCUGGAAGAUAAGAAUUCCCUCCUACGAGAAGUUGAAAAUGCAAAAAAGCAAUUAGAAGAAAUGCAACAUGAUAAGGAUCAGCUCGUACUAACCCUGGAAGCCUUGAGAGCUGAACUGGACCAGACGGGGCUGAGAGGGGCUCCCCUACACCACAGCCGACCCCACUUGGGCAGCGUCCCAGAUUUCAGGUUCCCCGUGGCAGACGGGCCCUCGGACUCCUUCAGCAGCAGCGCGGUGUUGCGACGCCCGCAGAAAGGCCGGCUGGCAGCGCUGCGCGACGAGCCUUCCAAGGUGCAGACCCUGGACGAGCAGGACUGGGAGCGCGCGCGGCAGGCCAGCGUGCUGGCUCACGUGGCGCAGGCGUUCGAGAGCGGCGCGGACGUGCCUGAUGGCGCCGGCGACGGGGACACGCUCUUCAGCUCGGCCACUCUGCUGUCACCCAGCGGGCAGGCCGAUGCCCAGACCCUGGCCAUGAUGCUUCAGGAGCAGCUGGACGCCAUCAACAAAGAGAUCCGGCUGAUUCAAGAAGAAAAGGAGAGCACGGAGCAGCGGGCGGAGGAGAUUGAGAGCAGGGUGGGCAGUGGGAGCUUGGACAGCCUUGGUCGUUUUCGAUCAGUGAGCUCCAUCCCCCCGUACCCUGCUUCCUCUCGGGCCAGCUCUUCCCCUCCCAGCAGCGGGCGGCCCACCCCUCGAAGGGCCCCGCACAGCCCGGCAAGGGAAGUGGACAGACUAGGCGUCAUGACUCUGCCUAGUGAUUUAAGGAAGCAUCGUAGAAAGCUGCCAGCUUCCCGAGAAGAGGUACGAGACGACAAGACGACCAUCAAAUGUGAAACCUCACCCCCCUCCUCCCCACGAUCCCUUCGGCUGGACCGGCUGCACGCAGGGGCGCUGCACACAGCCAGCCACGAGGACAUCAGGGACGCACGCAACUCGACAGGCUCGCAGGACGGCCCCGCGAGCAACCCCAGCAGUAGCAGCAGCAGCCAGGACUCGCUGCACAAAGCCCCCAAGAAGAAGGGCAUCAAGUCCUCUAUCGGCCGCUUGUUCGGCAAGAAAGAGAAGGGCCGGCCUGGGGCCCUGGGCAAGGAGUCGCUGGGACAAGCUGUUAUUUCAGAGACAGAAAACUCAUCUCAAGAUGCCUUGGGACUCAGCAAAUUGGGAGGACAGGCUGAAAAAAAUCGUAAACUUCAAAAAAAGCAUGAAUUGCUCGAAGAAGCCCGGAGACAAGGCUUACCCUUUGCACAGUGGGACGGGCCAACUGUUGUCGUCUGGCUAGAGCUCUGGGUCGGGAUGCCGGCCUGGUACGUGGCUGCUUGCCGAGCCAACGUGAAGAGCGGGGCCAUCAUGUCCGCCCUGUCGGACACGGAGAUCCAGCGCGAGAUCGGCAUCAGCAACCCUCUGCACCGGCUGAAGCUGAGGCUGGCGAUUCAGGAGAUCAUGUCCCUGACAAGUCCAUCAGCCCCUCCUACGUCAAGAACGACCACAGGAAAUGUCUGGUUAACACACGAGGAGAUGGAGACGCUCACGGCCACGCCCCAGACGGAAGAUGAGGAGGGAAGCUGGGCUCAGACGCUGGCAUACGGGGACAUGAACCACGAGUGGAUCGGCAACGAGUGGCUGCCCAGCCUGGGCCUCCCGCAGUACCGGAGCUACUUCAUGGAGUGCCUCGUGGACGCACGGAUGCUCGACCACUUGACCAAGAAAGACCUUCGCGGGCAACUGAAAAUGGUUGAUAGUUUCCACAGAAACAGUUUCCAGUGUGGAAUUAUGUGCCUGCGAAGGUUAAAUUAUGACCGGAAAGAACUGGAAAGAAAAAGAGAAGAAAGCCAGAAUGAACUAAAAGAUGUGCUUGUUUGGAGCAAUGAUCGAGUGAUUCGCUGGAUCCUCUCCAUUGGUCUCAAGGAAUACGCAAACAAUCUCGUAGAGAGCGGUGUGCACGGCGCCCUUCUGGCCUUAGACGAAACCUUCGACUUCAACGCGCUGGCCCUCUUGUUACAGAUCCCCACGCAGAACACACAGGCUCGUGCUGUCUUGGAAAGAGAGUUUAACAACCUUUUGGUCAUGGGGACCGACAGAAGGUUCGAUGAAGAUGAUGAUAAAAGCUUUAGGAGAGCACCUUCUUGGAGAAAAAAAUUUAGACCAAAGGAUGUUCGUGGCUUAGCUGCUGGGUCAGCAGAGACUCUCCCCGCAAACUUCCGGGUCCCGUCCUCUCUGUCCUCGCCCUCUGUGCAGCCAAAGAAGAUGCAGCUGGACGGCAGCGUGGCGGGAGCGCAGAGGCUGGACUCCGCUGCAGUCAGGACUUACUCCUGCUGAGCCGACGCCGUUUACCCACACUACUUCUACAGGUGAUUACGCAGCAUUUUGAAUCCAGCGAAGACUACAUUUUGAGCUCAAUGGAAUCUUUAAUCUGUUAAUACUUGUUAUAUGGACCCUAAGAUAUUUUAUUACAGAGUUUUUAAUUAGUGAAAAAUUCAUGAAUACCAUAGAGAAAAUAUUUUAGAAUUUAAUGUUUCUUAUAUUUAUGUAAACUUAUGACUUCAUUUAUAUAGUUACUUACUUUUUCAUGUAUAUCCAGGCUAUAAAUAUCCUUUCAGAUCAAUUCAUGUUCUUAUAUCUGAUUUUAGUCUUUCAAAGGAAUGUACUGUAAUGCUUGUAUGUAUAAAUCCUAUGAACAAAUAUAGGGCUUUUGUAAAUGAUGCCUUUAUUGUAAUUAUUCUUGUUUAAUUUUUUAAUGAUAAACCAUGACAGAGAAAAGGAUUUUACUGCGUUUGUAAAAUCAUCAUGACACAGUGUGCAGUAUCCCUUACAAAAUGUAACCUGGCCCUACAACAGUCAUUUUGAAAGAAGCCAACUUACCUUCAAGCAAUUGUUGUAUUUUAAUGACUGACCUUAGCUGUCCUUUUUCUAGCAAGAAAUGCUUUACUCUGUAGCGUGAAGAGAUUAAAAAUACGGGGUGUUAAACAGCAGCUUCUAAUCAGAUUUGGACUGAAGGGGUCAGAACGCUCUGAAAACCCCUUCGGACCGGCGGGGAGCUCUCCCGCAGCCGGGCCUCUGUGGAUCCGGACACCUCGUCUCGGGCGGCUGGCAGAAGCCGCGAGCUGGGGGAAGAGCGACUCCGGUGGGGGGGUGGGGCCUGGGCCCCCUUCCCCGCCCCCCUCCUGGGAAGCCGGGUCAAGGGCGCCGACUCUUAGAGGACCAAUCACGAAGCGCUGCACUCCCGGAGGAGACACUGGCGCACGCGGGAGGUGGAGGCACUGAGAUGCUGAGAAUAACGUAGUGCGGCUCUAAUCAAGGCCUUAUUUUUCUGAUGUAAAUCAUCCUUUUACAUUUGUCUGUAAACAUGUUUAAAGAAUGGACCUAGUCGUACAUUUUUAGAUUUUGACGAUAUAGCCAUUUUGGAUUGUAUAAGUAGCAAAUGUAACUUUUACUUUUUAAAUGGCAUAUUAAAAGGCCAGCAAGAGAUGUGUUCAGAUCAUGGUGCAUUAUUUAUUACACAGCUGAUGUACCGGUAGACAGAGAUGGCGUGUCUUUUUGCAUUCGGGCUCUGCCUUUAAUUUACUUGUACAGUUCGCUGUUACCGUUCUGUUUUUCUAUUCAUCUUUUGUGAACUUCCUGAUUAUGUAACAAAGUAUGUACAGUCUACUUUUGAACUAUUUUUAUCACAGUAUUAUUUAUUGCUUUCUUUCAAUAAAAUACUGAAGCAGAAUUUUCCACUGCCAA